AGUAUAAAAAAAUCGAUGUUUAACCCUCAAUUCCUUUUGCUAUUCCUCCUCUUCCUCUCCUUCCUCUUCAUCAUCCCUUCUCCCAAACACCUCCAAAUCUCCCUCCCCGACGAGCUCGACGACGUGGCCCUCUUCCGCCGCGCCACGCUCGCCGCCCUCGACGCCGUCUCCGCCAAAUCCAAAUCCAGCCCCAAGAUCGCCUUCCUCUUCCUCACCAACACCGACCUCCACUUCGCCCCGCUCUGGGAGGUCUUCUUCCGCGGCCACCGCCGUGCCCUCUACAACAUCUACGUCCACGCCGACCCCUCCGCCGCCGUCUCCCCUCCCGGCGGCGUCUUCGAUGGCCGCUUCAUCGCUGCCAAGAAGACCCAGCGCGCCUCCCCGACUCUCAUCUCAGCCGCCCGCCGCCUCCUCGCCACCGCCCUCCUCGACGACCCCGCCAAUUCCUAUUUCGCUCUUGUAUCUCAGCACUGCAUCCCCUUGCACUCCUUCACCUACAUGUACGAUUUCCUCUUCCGCCACCCUGUCCCCGGCGCGCGCCUGCCCUCGUCCCUCCCGCUCUACCGCAGCUUCAUCGAAGUCUCAUCCAUCAAGCCCAAGCUAUGGGACAGGUAUGCGGCUCGAGGGAAAGACGUGAUGCUGCCGGAGGUGCCGUUCAACCGGUUCCGGGCGGGGUCACAGUUCUUCACGGUGACACGGCAGCACGCGGAGGUGGUGGUGAGGGACCGGAGGCUGUGGAGGAAAUUUAAGCUGCCGUGCUACAAUAUGAACUCGUGCUACCCGGAGGAGCACUAUUUUCCGACGCUUCUGUCGAUGGAGGAUCCGGAUGGGUGCACCGGGUAUACGCUGACCCGGGUUAACUGGACCGGGAGCGUUGGCGGCCAUCCCCACACCUACAGAGCGGCGGAGGUGUCACCGCUGCUCAUCCACCAGCUGCGCCAAUCAAAUUCCACCACCUAUUCAUUCAUGUUUGCCCGCAAAUUCUCGCCGGAUUGCUUGCAGCCCUUACUACGUCUCGCUAACCUCAUCUUCGCCGACUGA